AUGCUGUCCGCUUGGAUGAUUACCUACUCACUGACAAUCACAUUCUCCAAAAACGUGACGAAAAGGCUGACCAAAGCCCCGAGCUUGCUGUUGGGAAUUGUCGUCUACGCAGCGUCUUUCUUGGUGGGCUACUGGGACCUGAACGGACCUGUGCCUGUCUUCGUCAUAACCCACGGAUUGUUGGCAGGGGUGGCAACAGCUUUUAUGAUAGCCGUGGUCUCUGAAUAUCUCAUCGAGUUGACAAACGGCGAAAAUCUGGGUCUCAUAAGCUCUUUUGUCACGACCAAUACAAAGGGAAGUGUUCUUAUCAACCAAUUAAUCACUUUCUACAUCAACCCAGAGAACUUACCCCCAGAUAUAAGCGUAGGGAGGACCACAUUUUUCCAACAGGAACAAGUGCUUGACAGGGUGCCGUCCAUAUUCCUUAUACUAGCCGGGGUCUUUGCAGUUGUCCAUUUAUUCGGCUUUGCAUUGAUCAGAGAACCCAAGAAGGACCCACAAAGUGAAUGUGAGGACAACAGUAGCCCACAAGGAGUCUUUUGCGAGAAGGAAGUCAAAAGAGAUGAAGGUUCUACAGCACAAGAUUGCCUUCUGGGGAAAAAUAGGUUCCAGCGUUAUUACAGUGAUGAUCAGCACCCAUCUAUAUCUGGUGUGUCUGACAACACAAACACGGACAAUACUGUUCGGGAUGACCCACACAACGUUACCAGAGCAUCGAACCAGAAGGGAGGAGCUGAUAACAAAUUCAGAGUUAAUCCACUUCGGGGAACAGAGACAGAUACAUUGAACGCAACGCAUACAGACAACGUUCCUUUAUUUGGUGACGAAUUCCACUCAUCUUACGAUGGGGAAACAGGGGAAAGAGAUUCUUCUACAAGAAAUGAGUUGAAUAUUGUUCCUGGCUUUAGCUACAAAACAAUGACGUGUUUGGAAGUAGAAGAUGGCCAAGGUUUGUUUGAAUAUUCUGGAAAGACAGGAGCGCUGUGUGAUGGAAAGAGAAAGAGUAUUGAUUCGAAAGUGUCAAAAAUAGAACAUUCGCGUGUGGGAGCGAGUUUGACGUGGCGUGAAAGUUUGAGAAUGAGAGAAUUCUACAUAAUAUGGUUUGCUACCGGGUCUGCAGAAAUUACAAAUCUUGUCCAAAGCUCUUUUUAUAAAUCUUUUGGUCAGAGCAUAAUUCAAGACGACCACUUCAUGGGCAGCGCUGGGACAGUCAUGUGUGCUGUGUUAUUCUUCUCUCGUCUCUUUUGGGGGAUUAUCAUGGACAAGGUUAUGCUAAAGACAUCAUUAGUCAUUUAUUUUGCCACUUUGUCGCUAUUUGGGAUUGGAUGGUUCUUUUCGCCUUACAUCGAUAAGUGGUUUUUCCUUUUCUGGAACAGUCUUUUGUCCGCCUGUGCUGGUGGUAUGUUUUCGGUACUUUACUACGCAGUUUUUGCAUGUUUUGGCGGGGAAAAUUUUAGUACUAUGUACGGCCUCGUGUUUUCGUCAACAACGCUUGUUAGUGUUGUCCUUCCUUCUGUGUCUUCCGCUCUGUUGGAGCAUUUCUCUUGGCCUGGACUGUUCUUUUGCAUGGCGUCCAUCAAUGUCCUAACUUUAGUUCUCAUUGUGAUAUGUUUCCCAAGAAGAGUUUGAACCUAAGAGGUUGGUUUUAACACAUGUGAAAUCCGAAAUGGUAUUAUGUUUAACGCCCCUAUCAACACUAUUAAGUUAUUUAAAAGGAGGGACCGUCUAAAUUAAAGUCC